AUGAUGACACGAAAUCAAUCGAUUGAUGUAAAUGUCACUACAGUACCAGUGAUUUUAAGGCAAAAUUGUUCUGUUUAUAAUCCAUGUGGACGAAAUGGUUACUGUCGUAAUAAUUUAAAUGGUGAAUGGACAUGUGUUUGCAAGUUUUGGUGGAAUGGAACAUUGUGCAAUAAACCUUGUUUCAUUAUUUUACUUUUCACUAUAACAACAAAACGUGUUUCAUUUCAAGGAAGUAAAUAUUGUAAAGGUUAUAUUGGUAUUCCAAUACCAUUAGACAUCUUUGCUCAUGUCAAACGAAUAUUGGCAGCUGUGAUAUUUGCUAUUUUUGCUGAUGAAUUAUUAGAUAUUGCAAAUGAUGCAUUGAAUGGAAGUAAUCCAUCAUCAAAUCAAGGUGUCGUAAUAGUUUAUCUUCUUCAAAUCCUAAGAGUUUUUGUCAUUGGUUUUCGAUGUUAUCCAACAUUAGCAGCUGUCUACAUUGAUACUUGGUUCAGUUUAAUUUGUGCUACUUUAUAUGUAUGGUUCGAUUUUAGUAUUACUAUUGUUUAUAUUGGUCUAUGUCGUAAUGAUUUUUAUCCUUCGGAGGCGGAUUAUAAUAAAACGAAAGGAGCUUAUAUUAGUAUUAAAGUACCAAUUUUACUUUACGAACGAAUUCGACAUAGACAUAUGAGAGACAAACAAUUAACACGUGAGCAAAAAACUCUUUUAUAUUCAUCAUUACCAUAUUCAGUUGAAGCACAAUAUGUUAAAAAAUUAUUUGGAAUGAGUAAUAUAAAAGUUUCAACAAAUCGUUUUUCUCAGACUUUUCAAUUUAUUUAUGCAUGGCGAGAUGAUUUUCGUUUCUCAUCUCGUGUUGUUUCUUUUUGUGUACAAGUUCCUCCAUCACUCGAUCUACUCCGUAAGAGUAGUCAACAAGUGGUCAAUCUACUUUCAAAAUUGACAAAUUCAUCCGAUCCUAACUUACAGGCAGAUGAAAAUCCAUCGUCUGAUUUUCCUUUACCUGAUUUUGUUCGAUCGUAUUUGAUUGCUUUUAUUGCUGCAUUAUUUAUAACACUUGUGCAAUUAUUGGUUAUGUUUGCUGGUAUUCGUCGAAAUCUUUUACAAGCAUUUCGUGGUGAUGAUAGUGAAAUUCCACGGCGUCUUUCUUCAGAAAAUAUUAAUUAUAUUACUGGAACGUUUCAUUUUGCUGGUUAUUUAAUUGGUUAUGUUAUAUUAGCUUAUAUAUUCCUAGCAAUCUUUCUUUUUAUUAUAUUAAUCUCAAUCGAUGCAUUGAUAACAUAUGGAAAUGUGAAAUUUCUUGAAACUAUUCUUAAAAUUAUUAUUCCUACUUUAAUUCUUGUCUUUUUUAAAAAGUAUUUAAACAAAAUUUUGGGUCAAUAUAUAUUUCUACAACAUGACGGAGAAGUUUUAUCAAUUAAUAAUCGACGAGCAUUUAUGGUAUUUAUAUAUUUUAAUUUUUUUCUUGAUGCUUUUUUGGGUUUUGUUGCUGCUAUAAUGCGUAUAUUGAGAAGUAUUGCUGGUGGAGUUCUAUAUAUGUGUCGUCUUGAUUAUUCACCAUUAGGUCGAAAAUUGGAAACUAUUGAUUCAGGUUUUAGUGCAUAUUGUGGAUUUAUUUUUGUGGAAUGUGCACAUCGACAUCCUGUCUUACUUUAUUUUGUUAGUCAUCUUCUUCGCAAUCAUCUUUAUCCGACCAACACAAAACGACUAUCGAAAGCAAGACAUAAAUGGUAUGUUGCAAUAUUUUUAUUGAAUAAUCCAACAUUGAUUUAUCGACGAAAACAAUUUCUAACACGUUUACAAGAGAAUGAAUUGAAAAUGAUGUUAAUUGGAAGAAAUAAUAUGAAAGAACUUUACAUUGAACAACCACCUAUUUUAGCUCAUCGAGCAAGUAUUAUUUCAGCGAAAGAUUUAGAAGAUACGUGGGAACGACGAAAAUUCUAA